AUGCAGCGCUCUCCAACAAAUAAACGUUUUGAUUCCGAUCCCGAUUUAUCCAACAUUGUCGCUCGAAAACGCAAGUAUGAUCACGAUAUUUCAGAUUCAUUCAAAUUAUUCACUGAUAAUAUAUUGAAAAAGAUGGAUGAUUGGAAGACAGAUUUUAAUAUUAAUUUACUUCAAAUAAAUGACGCUAUAAAUAAUUUGAUUAAGAACGACCUUGCAAAACUGAACGAGAUUGUAGUCGAGGUGAAGGCAGAGAUCGAUAAUAUGCGUAAGGAAUACACAGAGAUUAAGACUGACAUAGUAAGAUUAAAAACUCAGCAAGUGGCAACACAAAAAGAAAUUAAUAGUCUCCAGCAGUCGGUACAAUUCAAUGCUGACCAGCAAGACGAGCAAGCAAAAAAGAUUGAAACUUUAGCUGUCGAUACUAAGAAAACACGUGAAAUAGAGAUGGAAAUUGUUAAAAUAAAACAGCAAAAUAUGCAAUUACAAUCACAACUGAACUCAAGUGAACAGAGAGAGAGAUUAUCAAAUAUUGAAAUUGUCGGUGUGCCGGAAUGCAAAAGCGAAAAUCUUCAAGACCUUAUUUUGAACAUUGGAAAACAUAUUGGUGUCGAUAUUCCGCCAAAUGAUAUUUUACAAGUGAAUAGAGUUUCUCCGAAAAUAAAAUUACAAGGUCGUCCCAGAGUCAUAAUAGCUAAAAUGCGAACAAGGCUCUUGAAGGACAACAUAAUUUCACGGGGCCGCAAAGCUCGGAUUACCUCAAGAGAUAUCGAUGUAACAGGAGAAAGCAGACCCAUAUAUAUUAACGAACAUUUAACCCCCUUUAAUAAACAACUAUUGAAAAAAUGUAAGGAAUUGGCCAAAAUAAAACAGCAUCAGUUCGUCUGGGUAAAAAAUGGGUUAAUAUUCGUGCGAAAAAACGACAACUCUCCCGCUUUAAAGAUCAUAAGCGAAGAGGAUCUCAAGAAACUAAGUGUUUCCAAAUAA